AUGGACGACGACGACGUCUGCGUCAUCUGCGGCGUCGACCCGAGCAAGAAGGCGUCGAACCUGACGCGGCGCACGCUCCAGACGAACGUGUCGCGCGAGGUGCGCUGCGGCCACCGCUUCUGCAACGCCUGCGUCGAGCGCCACAUCGCGAAGAAGAGCCAGUUCCCCUGCCCCGUCGCGGGCUGCGGCGCGGCCGUCCGGAAGGCGCAGCUCGACGCGCGGACGCUCGAGGACAUCGAGGUCGAGCGCGACGCGACGCACCGGAAGCGCGUGCUCGCCGUCUUCAACGCGACGCCCGAGAGCUUCGCGACGCCGCGGGCCUACGACGACUACCUGGAAGAGGUCGAGGACGCGAUCUACGCGCUCACGCGCGGCGGCGCGGCCGCCGAGGCGGCCGAGAAGAAGCUGAGCGCGCACGCGGCGGCGAACGCCGACGGCGUCGCCGCGCGGGCCGCGGCGAAGAUCGAGCAGGACCGGCUCGCGGCGGCGGAGAUCGACGACGAUCGGGCCGCGGCGGACGCGGCCGCCGCGAAGCUCCGGAGCAAGCGGCGGCUCGACAAGCAGGCGAAGAGCGACGAGGAGAAGCACGCGCUCGCCUACGCCCUCGGCGACCGCGCCGACGCGCCCGUGCGCCGGCCGCGGCGCCACGUCUCCGCCGCCGUGCUCCCCGCGCCGAUCGGGCGGCCCGCGAACCCGCGCCACGUGACCGGAGACGCGCUCGCGAGGCGCCGCAAAGCCGGCGGCUGGACGGCCGAUUUGUUCAAGAAGCGCGCGCGCGACGAGCUUCUGGCCGGCUGCGACGCGUCGGGCCUGAAGCGCAAGCGGCCGCCCUACGCGCACCCGAGCGGCCUCCUCUUCGGCCAGCGGACGGCCCCGGCCGCGCACAAGCGGGCGAAGAUCGUUAAGGCCGAGACUUAG